AUUGAAGGCGGUGACGUGCUACAGUGUGACGUCACGGCCCGCUCACGUGUGCCCCUGUCGCCUGUUUCUGUUUGUUUUUCCGCGGUGGUUCUGAUGGGUCCGGACCCGUGAGGCUGCUUCCUGCCCGCGUGUGUGAGUUCUGCUCCGGGCGGGUGAGCGGCUCCGGACCGGCGGAGCGGAGCAGAGCGGAGCGGGGAGGUUUGGACCGGAGCCCCGCCCCUCGCCGACACGUUGCCCGGGGAGAGGCUGCACGGGCUGGAUGGGACUCCUGCCUCCCGCCCGCCUUCCUGCCGUCCUGCGUCUGCUGGUUUCAUGGACUCACUCCAUCACACACACACACACACACACACACACGGAACCACACGGCGGCUGCGCGUCCUCAACUCACCGACCGGACGGAGAAACACACGGUUCAGUUCUGAAGCUGCUGCUGCUGCCUCACACCGCUCAGCUCACCUGGACUGAGAGCUUCAUACCGGUCACAGCACGAGGUCCGGGAUGUUUCCUGCCGGGUCAGUCUGACUCCACCAUGUCGACCUCGGACUCGGAUUACUCCAUCGACUGGCUCGCCAGCGAUGAGGACGACUACGACGGCCCGAAGACGUUCAGCCCGGAGCGGGUGGAGGAGCCGGCGGCACCACCUUCACCACCAUCACCAUCCUCAUCAUCGUCAGCACUGAGGCCUCCUCCUCCUCCCAGCAGCCUCCACUGUGCAGAGACUCACCGGAGGAGGAGGUGCUGGAGGAGGAGGAGGAGCGGCGGCUGCUGCUGCUGCGACUGUAAAGAUGGAGCCGGCUGCGACCCGCCAGCCUCCCUGCAGAACCCGGCCGUCAGUCCAGUUCAGGGAUUUACCUCCAUAUGUGCUCAGCAGACGCUUCCUGUGGCGUCGGAGCGUCAGGCGGGCAGAAAGAGAGCUCAUGGCGCCGGUCCAGACGGAUUCUGUGGAAAACCUCCCGCGGACACUGAGAACGACCUGUUCGCUCAGAAGUGUGCAGAGCUGCAGCGCUUCAUCCAGCCGCUGUCGUCCAUCCUGCGGGGCCUGAGGUCGGGCAGGUACUCUGAACGUCUCAGCAGUUUCCAGGAGAGCGUCGCGAUGGACCGCAUCCAGAGAAUAAUGGGGGUCCUCCAGAACCCGAACCUGGGCGGACGCUUCCUGACUAUCUUACUGAAAAUAGAAGAAAUGCUUCACAGUUGGUUCCCUCGCGUCAAAACAACUCUGAUGCAGAGCGACGAUGACGGAUCUCCAGCGAAGAAACAAAAGCAGCAUCAUCACUGCAGUGCCUCUCCUCCUCCGCCCUCCUCAGACGUGGAGCUUCCUCUCGCAGCCUCGUACUCCUCCACCCACCUCAAGUGGCUCCACACGUCGCCCAUCUGCUCCCUGAAAACUCCCGAAUCGACGCUCGGCCAGCGCUCCGCCUCCCCUCUGCCAGCUCGCUGCAGACUCCAGGAAGUGACCCAGGACAACGCCGUGUCCUCCAGCACCGACCUCCACACGGGGCCGCAGCGCCGCCGGUUCGCGGAGCCUCGUCUGGUCCGCGGGCCGCUGCCCUUUAAGAUCAGCUCGCCGUGUCUGGAGAGACUCCUGCAGGCGAAGGAGAGCAUCAUCGCUCCGAGGACGGUGGGAGGCGGAGGCUGGUCGUCUUAGCUGCCUGCAGGACUUCACGCCACUUCCUGAAGACACUAAAGGCCUUAAAGCGCAUGUUUCAAACUUCUACAUCUGUUUUUAAAAUCUACAACUGACGAGCAGAACGAGUCUGAAUGUGACGCACACAAAAAAAAAAUCAUCCAACCAGGUUUAAACGACAGCACAGACCGACUGAGAGGAGACGCUGGUGUGAGUUUCACUUUUUGUUUGAGUUGGAUGUUUUCAUCUUCUGAGUUCAAAGGUUGCAGCGACGUUGGCCGACGGGAUCGUGACUGAGAUCAGUUUGGAGUGUUUUCAUGGAUCUACAGACGACUGAACGCACAAACAGCUGGUGACGUUCGUACCUCAACACUCGGACUGUUCGAUCUGCUCCUCUUUAGGUUCUUAUCGAUUCCUCUACCUCAUGCUGACACCAGACACAGACCUGCUCUCGGCUCCACGGCUGCCUGAGAACACCAAAUAUUGUGAACUUCAGAGCUGGAGACAAAACGAUGAAGAGCAUCUUCAUCUUCAUCACGAGACGACACUGAGCAGUCGCCCAGCUCUGCGUUAACCUCUGUGUGGUUUGCAGUUUAUUCAGAGGAGUUUGGUAACUUUUCUCCGUCUUCGCAGAACAACUUGAUCCCUCAGUAACUGAAACUUCAGGCAGUCGGGAGCUUCGAUAUCAAAAUGUUUUCAUCUUUCAUGUCUCACGUGUGACAGUUUCAGGCUGGUCAACAUGAAGUAAACUUCAGUUUACAGCAAAUGUGUUCGAUCGCAGGAACGUCAGAGAAACAAACAUCUCCUGCCACAGUUUAAAGGGUGAGUUCAGAUUGUUCCUAGUUAAUCUAAAUACAAAACUCACAUGUACAUGAGAAGGUUUCACUGGUCGCUUCAGUCUCGUUCUGUACAAACAACUUGUUCCUGGUUCAUCUGAAGCUGAUAGAGUCGUACAGCUCGUGUUGUGUUGGGUUAGUGUUGAUGUUUUGUUCAGAAUAAAACUCAAAGUGCCGCUGAAACGAAGGAAAUUUAAUCUGUUUAACAUCGUAACUGUGUGUGAAGUCUCACCUGGUGCUUUUCACCAGACUGGCCGAGCAGACGAGUGACGAUAUAUCAAGAUGCAGCCGAUCUGUCAGAGGUCAGAGGUCAGCAGCAGGAACAGUCCUGACCGACUGAGUUCACUGUGUCCUCCAGUAACACAAGUAGCAUAUCAACAAAUACGUGAUCGACGACUCGAUUUAACAAAAAGACCCCAGUAACUCUCUGAGUAAAGACGACAUGUGAGUUUUGUAUAAAGAUAAAGAAAGUGAUCUGAACGUGUCCUCCAGCUGUUCAGACGCGUCGAGGUUUUUUCUUUCUGUAAAUAGUUUUUCAGGUUUUAUUUACUCCCUGACAGCCUUUGUGAUAUUUUGUACUUCUGAAAUAAAUGUGACAUUUGCUUUCA